CACGCCUACCGGUGCUGUCGAUACGGAUUUCGAUCACUUCUGGCAAGAGAUGCUUAAUCAGGCGAACACUAAGUUCAUGGAGGCCAAGCACCUGAAGAAUGAGAGCCAAUCGGAGCACAACUUAUGUAUUCAGCAGUAUUUAGACGAACAGAAACGUCUGUCCACUUUGGAAAAGCAGCUCAAAAGUGCCAUAAAAAAGUCAAAGCCAUACUAUGAGGAGUCGGCUACAGUUCAGACAGAGCUGAACGCCAUUAAGGCUCGCAUCGAGUCGUUAAAUACGGUAAUACUGGAGGCGAAGACCAGUUACUCGAAGACCCUCCGAGACUUAGAGUCCAUAUCGGAUGAGAUACACGAGAAAAGGGCUCAACUCAUGGCUAAGUCACUGACCAGAGAGCCGGGUGUAGGGGCUGAGCGCGAAGAGACUCAUUGCGAGGCAUUUACUGAUAAUGGCGAGUCGUGCGAAGAAGUGCCACAAUUGGAUCCAUUAGACACAGAAGAAGUCAGUGAUAGGCAAGUGAUGGACAGUCUGUCGCCAAACACAUCGCUCGCCUCCCGAUCUCCACUGUUAGGCCAGUCGUCGUCGUCGUCGCUCAACACCACCGAAGACGACAGUUCUGUCGCCGCGGAGGAAUCGACGGCCACUACUCAAGCAUUUAUAGACUCAACGGACGGCCCACUUCUCGCCGGUGAUAGCGAAGAGGUGACCGCCGACGACACUACUAAUGGCAACUCAGUUAACGAUACAAACGCUAAUCGUAUCGAAAAGUCUUUUGUUGAAAUCGAUUUGAAUAAUUGA